CGGCAGCACAGUCUGGCGCUCUCCGCUCUCCUCACCGCGCAGCUUUUCUAAUCCUCCUCCUCAGACAUUAAGUGUCCGGACCAAAAAACUGCAACAUUCCCGGGGACAACUUUCUACACUGCUCAUUAACUUAUCAUUCCCACAGACCAGAAGAAACACUUUGGAGAACACCUGGACGGCCUGACUUCCUGGUUAUAUAACUUUUUCUUGCACUUGAACGUCUCCUUUUUACAUUCCAAAGACUUUGGCCGCGGAUCUACACCGAUUUUUGUCUUUUUAACUCAACGAUCAAACUAAUUUUUGCUUCGUAUUAUAUUCCUCUGAGUAGACCAAAUAAGUAGGAGGCAGUAGCUUAAUUUUAUUAUUUUGCACAACCCAGAAAUAGUCUUAACUGCGCGUUUUUGUAGUCUUAAAUUAAGUUAGAAAACAGUCAAUAAUGGCAGGUAUGAACUCUCUGGAUGCUGUGAAGAGGAAGAUUCAGUGUUUGCAGCAGCAGGCUGACGACGCAGAGGACCGGGCUCAGGUCCUACAGAGAGAGCUGGACAGUGAACGGGAGCUCCGAGAGAAAGCGGAGGGUGAUGUAGCAGCUCUUAACCGUAGGAUCCAGCUGGUGGAGGAGGAGUUGGACCGAGCCCAGGAGAGGCUGGCCACAGCACUGCAGAAACUGGAGGAGGCUGAGAAGGCCGCAGACGAGAGUGAGAGAGGGAUGAAGGUGAUUGAGAACCGAGCGAUGAAGGACGAGGAGAAGAUGGAGAUUCAGGAGAUGCAGCUGAAGGAGGCUAAACACAUCGCAGAGGAGGCUGACCGCAAAUAUGAGGAGGUGGCCCGUAAGCUGGUGAUCCUGGAGGGAGACCUGGAGAGAGCUGAGGAGAGGGCCGAGUUGUCAGAAGGUAAAGCCAGUGACCUGGAGGAGGAGCUGAAAAACGUGACCAACAACCUAAAGUCCUUAGAAGCCCAGUCUGAGAAGUACUCAGAAAAAGAAGACAAGUACGAGGAGGAGAUCAAAGUUCUGACUGACAAACUGAAGGAGGCUGAGACCCGUGCAGAGUUUGCAGAAAGGACAGUGGCCAAACUGGAAAAAUCCAUUGAUGACCUGGAAGAAAAAUUAUCAAAAGCCAAAGAGGAGAACCUUGGCAUGCAUCAAGUCCUGGACCAGACCCUGCAGGAACUGAACAGCUUAUAAACACACAGAGAGGAAGCCGGAGAGGAUGAGAUCAUCAUGUAACAUUCCUUUAAUGUUCGACUUCAUUCCACAUUUCGAGCUAUAAAAUCUUUAUUCCCCAUGUGAAGGGGGAUUAACUUAAUGCUUGCCCCUUGAUGUUUUUUUUUCUAAGGCACAACUAUGUUUCUUUAUUUUAUUUUUUUAAGAUGGGAAGUUAUUUUGACCUCAUCGCUUUUUUUUAUUUUCUUUUUUAUAUCCAGCUGUAAGAGCAGAAAUUCUCCCCAGAAAUUAUUUUUGACCACUUAUUUAGGAAGAACUGGCAACUAACACACCCAAAGAAACCUCAGAUUUGGUCACUGUACCACUAAAACUGGCUCAAUUUUACAUUUUAUGUGCACAUACAUUAAGCCUCUGUCUGAUUAUUUUAAUACAUAUGCUACAGAUGGCAUUUGGGAUUCGCUCAGUCUACAUUAAUAUGGCUCUACAGUGCCACCUAGUGGUGAUAUGAAGUUAGUCAACAGUCUUGUUUGUCUGGUCAUGCUGUCAAGAGACUACAUGAAAGUCAGUUUAUGUGCUUAUGUAUCCUCCUGAAUCUGUUUUUUGUUUAAACAGCAUGGUGGUCAAACGUACAGGUGACCUUAUGGAAAGCACAUGUUCAGUCACUCUUUACGUUUCAUUCACAAGUAAUGCCUCACUGAUUAUCCUUAAAGUCUACAUGUUGAUGGUGCACAGAGUAUUUAUGUGCAUCAAAUGUUUUCUACUUUAUUUUUAGUGUGGGCGUCUGCAGAACAUGACAGCCGUGCAUGCACAGUAUAGCAGUGACAUGCAUUUCUAAACUCUACUACCUUUCCCUAAGCUUCACUUGACCGUUGACACUUUCAUCAUUGCCAACUAUACGCCAUAAUGUAGCCGAUAUAUACUAGAUUUACAAUAUGUUGUAUUACAUGAGCGAGCUGAACCCCAAACCACUGGAAGCUCAAGUUUUAUCAACCAUGGAUACUUAUUGUAUAUAGUAGAAUAAUGUUAGGUAUUUGAGAAAUUGUAUUGCUUUGAUUAUUUUUGUUUCAGUUACACCACUUCUUUUUUUGCCAGGGGAACUCUCAAGACCAAAGAACACACAUAACACAGACAAUAAAUUCUUAAAAUGUUUUAUUUUUGUUUGUGACGGUCAUCAUGGUUUCAUCUCAUGCCAGGGCCAUGAAAAGAGCCUCACACGUGAUCGAGACCAUUUUGAAAUAUUCCAUUCACCAACCCCCUUCAUGUCAACCUAAUAAAUGUUUUACAGAAACCGUGA